AGUCUCAGUGACUUUCUCUCCAGGUUCGGGAGCUCUAUUCAAACGUCCACGGUAGAUUGAACCGGAUGCAGCUCUUUUGUGGACCUCUAUUAUAAGAACUUUAAGAUGUUUUGUUUUAUUGCAUUCUCAUUUUUUAUUGUUUUCUUCAUUUUUCACGCAGUUUUGAUCAUUUCCCCCUUUUCAUUUUUCCCCUGCUGCUGUUAGCCACCUUUUUUUUUUGUUUGUUUCACCACCAGCCCCAUCUGAAAGGGGGAAUAUCAUUUAAUUCCACCUCUCGUCUUCGCUCCCGUUUGAGCUGCUGCUGCUUUGGAUUUGAUGCGAAUUGCUGGACUAAAACAAAGGGGAUUUAUUUUUUUCCCUUCUUCCUGCAACACUUGUUCGUUCUGAGGAAUGUAUAGUGACGGCUGUAAGUGUGCGCUCUGAGCGGGGGAGAAUAUUGACGCAGCGCCUGUGAAUCAAUUGUGCGUCUUGGCUUUGUGGACCAGGACUCUCUUGACGAUGCUGUAGAGCACCUUCGGGUCUGUGGUCCGCGCACACACCCACCUGAUCGGGAUACAAAGCUAACAAACGACAUUUUCCAUUCGGGAGAGCUUGUCGAUCGAAUAUUUUUUGUGUUAUUGGAAUCUUUAUUUUGACAAAAAUCGUGCACCCACUUGGAGGCACGCCGAACGGUGCAGCCAUGGGGGAUUCGAUGUGGAGCUGUUAUUUUGGAGUUCUAUUUCUUGUCUCCAAAGUCGACUUAUGUCGGGCGCUCAUCUUGGAGUCCAUCUAUUGGAACACAACAAAUACCAAAUUUGUACAAGGACAAGGUGUGGUACUCUACCCUCAGAUUGGGGAUAAAUUGGACAUUGUAUGCCCUCGAGUGGAUGGUGGGGUGGGUGAAGGAGUGGAGUAUUUCAAGGUGUACAUGGUGCCCAGGGAGCAGCUGGAGAGCUGCACCAUUACCAAGGCUGACACACCACUCCUCAACUGUGUCAAGCCUGACCAGGAUGUAAAGUUCACCCUCAAGUUUCAGGAAUUCAGCCCCAACCUUUGGGGGUUGGAAUUCUUCAGGGGAAAAGACUAUUACAUUAUCUCUACUUCAAAUGGCACGAUGGAGGGGAUUGACAACCAGGAGGGGGGAGUAUGUAAGACAAAAUCCAUGAAGAUGAUCAUGAAAGUGGGACAAAAUCCUGCUGACCCUAUUUCAUCCAAAGACAACCCUACCAGGGUUCCCUACUCGCCUAAGCACCCAGAUAGCAAAGAAACCUACAAAAUUAAUGAAGUGCUAGAGAAGCCAGGUGCAGCAUCCAGAGAAAGUGAUGUAAACAACACUGGUGGGAAGUCGUCCAAUAUCAUUGGUUCCGGGGUGGCCAUCUUUGUCAGCAUUGCCUCAGGCAGUGUCAUCUUUAUCAUCAUUAUCAUCAUGCUGGUGCUAUUGCUGCUCAAGUACCGGCGGCGUCACCGAAAGCACUCGCCACAGAAUACGGCUACAUUGUCUCUUAGCACUCUGGCCACGCCUAAACGAAGCGGCAGUGGUGGGAACAAUAAUGGCUCUGAGCCCAGCGACAUCAUCAUCCCACUUAGGACUGCUGACAGCGUCUUUUGUCCUCACUACGAGAAGGUCAGCGGGGAUUACGGCCAUCCGGUCUAUAUAGUCCAAGAGAUGCCACCGCAGAGCCCUGCCAACAUCUACUACAAAGUCUGAAGAGGAACGUUUAAAAACAUGAGACAUAUUGGACUAAUCCCAGGGUGGAAAGUGGCAGGGUCGUGGUUUCAGAUGCCACAGCCUCCAUGGCUGCAAACAAACUCCCUCACCCUUUCUCUGUCAUUCUGCCAACUCCUCUCCUCUCAUACCUUGUUAGUAAUAUUUUCAUGGUCAACAUUAGAUUAUAUCUACUUCCUCUGGUAUGUUCACAUUCAGUUGGCAGAGGCUUGAGAAAUUGCUGCUUCUGCUACUUUGUGGGGCUUUGAUGGAGAGGAGGAAGAACUUUUAGUAUGUUUACCCAAUGUUUUUCUCUUCUAUGGUUUGUGCACAUGGGGCUGGAACGUUAGGGAGCUUGAUGGAUGAGGUCAGAGAGUUUAUAAAGAUGCAAGUGUUCUUUUCUUUGACUGUGAUGGGAGGGACAGCAGGCCAUUUCAAUGUGAAAGAUUCCUUGUAAGAGACGAAGGUUAUCUCACAUCAUCAUAGAAACUACUGGUUGGAAACAUUUGAGACUGGGGGAAAGAUAACAGAGAGGCGAUAGGCUGACCCUGAACUCACAAAGUGGCUGGCCUUCCUUGAUGUUCACAGGCUUGAAUGAAUAUUUGAGUUCCCCAGGUGAACAAGAAAAAGGGUGUACAUUCUUGCACCAAUCCUCUCUGGGAUUAUCUUGAUUGACUCACAGAUUUGACCCAGACACUCUGUCAGCCACACAUACGCCCACCCAUGACCACGCACAUCCGUCAAUGCAAACUGUUUGGGUUUUUGUUGUGGAUUACACCAUUUGCCCUCAUUCUUAGCUAUUUUCUCACCAAAUCCUCUUUUCAUAUUACUUGAAGGUUUAUCCAAUAUGUGUCCCAUCCUGUGUCAAAAUAUGUUGCAUUUCAUCAUGUGUGGCUUUCAUAUCCUGUGGAGCUGUGUGCGCAUAAAGGUUUAGUUAUUCCUUUUUGUGCCAACAAUUUUGUACGUAAUAUUCAAACACAAGCAAGAUAGCAAGUCUGUUAGGAUAGAGGAGUCAGGAUGGUUGCGUGGCUGCUCUGUUAAAAAAGAUGUCUGAAGAGUGGGGCGGUUUCUAUAGAAACGGCAGUAGUUUUAGUUUUGGUACCUGUACACUUCAGAGCAGUCCGGCAAAAAUUGGCAUAGUUUUUCAUCUCUAUAUAGAUUAUUAUUAGAUUAUAGAUAACCCUAACCAUUAAAAAGAUAAUUGUAACCAUAAUUAAAACGUUAAAAAGUCAGCAAAUGUUUUUCUGUGAUAAAGUUCAAUAAUAAAUUACAUAGCAUAGUCUAUCCAUCCAUUUUGCAUACUGUUUCUCCUCACUAGGAUGAUGGGCGUGCUGGAGUGCAUCCCAAAUAACUCUUGGCAAGAGGCUGGGUACGCCCUGAACUGGUUGCUAGCCACUUAUAGUGCACCUAGAAGGAAAACAACACAUGUUCACACUUAUGGCAGAUUUAGUCUUCAAUUAACCUACCAUUAACUGUAGUUUUGAUAAUGUGGGUUGUGAUGUGGGAGGAAACCCACACAGGCACUAGAAGAAGAACAUGGAAACUACACAUAGGCAAAGCCUGAUUUGAAUCUGUGUCUUCAAAACUGUGAGGCACAUAUGCAAAUAAUUUCCAGCGUUCCACUCGACAUAGCAUUGUAAAACAGUAAAAUAUUCUGCCUGUAAUUCAUAUCUUUAUUGUGGUAAGUGUUAAGCGGCCACAAAAUACGUUUUUUAAAAAUUCAUUAUAUAUUUUAAAAUGAUCGUCCAAUCAAUCCGUUAUCCUACUUUUAUUCUAUGAAAUAAUGGAAUUGGCAUCAGCCUAAAAAAAAAAAGCAGGUGGGCCCAAGUUAAUAGUAAGUACUCACCUGAGCUGCACAAAACCUGAGCUUUAAGCAGGAAAUUGUUUCGGGCAAUAUUUUCAUUUUUAUUUUCUUUACAUGAGGUGAAGGAAGUUCAAGAUACAAUGAAAGUUAGCAUAGCUGUGUGGAAUGGCUUUAGGUACUGUAAUGUUUACCCUAAACAUCUGAGGACAAGGCCUCUUGGGCCCAAAGAAGUAUGGCCAGUGCUCAUAUUUUUUUAAAGCAGGGACCUAUUCAUCCAUUGUCACUGGUUCUCUAUCUCCAUCAUAAUUUCCACGUUUUGGGGGUGUAAAGUCAAAUCACAAAGUACACUACACAACACUUUUUGACUGGUUGUGUACAUCAAAGAAUGGACAAUAUGUAAGUACGAGAUUUUAGUUGUGAUAGACAUACAGAGCACAGAUAAGCAUGGCAUGAACUGAUAUUAAUAUUUUGUGGUAUACAUGGACAAUAUGCAACCAAAAUAAUUUAUCAUUUAAUAUGCUUCAAGUCCUGCAAUUUCACGAGAACUCCAGGUGAAGCAGGGCCACGUGAGGGAAUUGGGAACCUUGGCUCUUAUAGAGCAGAGUAGCUGUGUCUAACUCACUCAAUGUAGCAUAUACCGUAUUUCAUCAACACCCACUGCCCCUAAUUACUUCACACACAUGCUUCAUGUCGUGUUUCCAUAUGUGUAUGUACAUGACAGUUCAACUUUAGGAGUUCAGCAGAUUCACGUAUCUUCAGCUUAUGAUCAUAUCUGUUAAGUGUACAGCACGCCAUCUUCAUGAAUAUCAUCAAAUUUCACCAAAAUGCCAAGCCUAGUAUAAUGAGGUUUGUGCCUCUAAGAGGCUACAAAAUCAGCAAAUAUGCAAUUGUUAUUUAUUUUUUUAAUCAAUUCUGAUAUAAAGAAAAACACCUAUGGGAAGUGUUCUUAACCACUGAAAGAUAUUUCAAAUGACAUACAACAACAAAAAAGUGUGUUAUACAAGCCUGCUUUUAGUUUUAUUCCCUGCAUAUUGUUUCAACAAUUUUUGUUUUGUUGCUGUGCAAAUGUUUAGCUGUGAAAAAUUGACCAAUUAAAAAUGUAUGACACCUGAACAGGUAUUUAAUGAAGGUAAAAAAAACCCACAUCAAAAGCAAGAUAUUUAGUUGCUGUGUUUCUGCAGCGGAAUAUGACAAUCUUAUUAGUUUCUUUGAAUCUGGCGUCCUUUUCUCAGCUGUCACUUGAAUAACACUCUCCUAACAUUGACCAGAUUUGGUUUGAAUGUGAUUAAAUGUUACAGAGAGGCAGCAGUGAGAGUCUUAACAAGUCAGUGAGGAAAAGCACAUCACGUUCCUGUAAAAUGCCUUGCUUGUAUGCUCAGUCCUUGGUCACUUGACUCAGAAAUUUUGCACCACUCCUUUGUUGGUAAGAAACUGUAAA